AUGAAACUUUACGAGCUCGUUGAAAAGUUUCCACACGAGGACUUGGACGCCAUCUUUUCCGCCCUAGACAGGGCUCGUCUGGAACGAAAACGGGGUAAAUCAGGGCCCAAGGAUACAUGGACGCCGAUAGACUGCGGGCAAGCCGAGCAAGUUCUCCUGCAAGACGCCUCGCCAGAGCGCUACGACCUCACCUACAAAACCCUUCGGGUGCUUCAAAAUAUUGGCCUGGUAAAAACCAUGACAGUCAAUGUCGAUACGGCUGGGUGGGAUGGAGAGCCACACCCUAAUGACACAGCUAUCAUCGUCCUGGUGCUAAAUAUCGACAACCAAAAGGCCCUAACAGUCAUCAACCGAGAUCGAAGCUUUGCAACCAUCUACGGAUCAGGAUCAGUGGCGAACUACAACAUUGCGGGAACGGACGGUCAACGAGGGCAGAUGUCGGACGAGAUCUACCCCGCCAAUCUACUCGAUCACUUCGAGGAGCUUGGUCAAGGGAUCUUCAAGGUUGCACGCCCAGACUUACCCGCGUUUAGCUGCCAAUCGCGUAUAGAGCGCCGCGACACUAAAGCUCUCCUUCCGCUGCAGUCGGAAAAUACCUGGGCUAUUGCGAUCAUUAGCAGCGGCCACGCAGCCGUCAUCACCAGCGCCUCGACAGAGUCUAUGCGAAAUGAGAUCCUAGACAAGGCCCGGCAUAGCAUCGAACGUUACCCGUGCUUUCGGGGUGCGACACUGAGCGAGAUAGCACACCCCCCCUUGACCGAAGACUUCAACCUCUGUCUCCUCCUUGAAGCUUUUUCCAUUGCCAUGAACCUACAGCGUCCUCUUCGCCCGGCAAAGACACGACACGUCGUGUGGGUCGGCAUUCCAGCUGGCGACGGAAGCAUCCGGGAAAACUCGUUCAUCCACGUCCGUGUUUGCUUUAAAGACCUGGAACUCUUCAACGACCACUGUUCUCCAUUUCAGUCAGUUUCCGAACACGUGGUGAAAGAUCUCGAAGCCAGACUUGGAUCUUCUUUCAUUGAGUACGAUAGUAACGGUGUGGCGUUCAUACACCAGUCAGUCUUGAUGAUGCUCUUUGCUGUCCACAUAUCUUCCGCAACCGUCGAUUUCUGCAACUGGAAGCUGGAUGAACAGAACUUGAUACAUACGGUGCAAAAUUCCAGCUGCGAUGAAGUUCUUGUAUAUGUAUCCGACACGAGCUGCGACACAUCUGGCCUAGUGAGAAGGCUCUACGACACCACUGAUUACUUGGAGGCUGUGAUGGGUAAUAUGCGAGUCUACCCAAGCAAAACGGAACUGUCCUGGUGCCGGAAUAAGGUAGGCGACGUCAGGGUAAUGGACGACAUCGCUGCGAAGCUGCAGACCUGGCGACCAAGGACGUGCUUCGGAAGGGGCCACUGUGCACUCCGUGAUGUGGAGAGCGGUCUUAUGGUCUUGAAGAGAAACUACAGCUGCGCUGGGGUUCACGUUCAUGUUGUCCCUGUCACACAACGCGGGAAGCUGCUAUGCACGGCUCCGACGCAAGAUCGAAUGGCUAGGCGCACCAAGCCUACGAAACGCGCUCAACGUUCGGGUGUGCGAGAACAAGGUAUAUUCUAUUUCCAUCAGGAAUUUGUUCCGACAUUUAGGAACAUUGGCGAGUUCAGGGUCAUGGUGUGCGGGGGACAAGUGCUCGCUGCCUUCAGAACAAAAGAAGAUUGGGAUGCGCGUGCCAAGCCGAUGGCUCUGCGGCAACUCCAACUCAGCGACUUCAACUGGCACUCCCAGGACGAUGAAACUGCCAGAAAGCAGAAGCGAGAUGAGCUCUUGGAUUUCGUACUGGAAACCGACACUCAGAUUCGUCAAUUAAAGGGCGAGAGGUUCGAGACUGUACAUGUUGGAGCGCGAUACGAUUGUGGAAUAUCACCGGAUGGUCAUUUCUUCGUCAGCGAGCUGACACGUUUCACAUUUGCGGACACUUUCUCGGGGGAGUUGGCGCCCCCGUACGAUCAGAUAAUUGGACCGCUGGCGCGAAUGAUUGCUCGGGUGCUCUUGGCGUAA